GCCGCCGCCGCCGCCGCCGCCGCCGCCGCUGCUGCUGCUGCGGGCUGCACUGGCGGGGCGGCGGCGGGAGCGGCGGGCUGCCGAGGAUGUCAAGCUGGCUUAGGUCCAUGAAGACUACCCUGGUGUCAAGUUCCCUCUGACUUGCCUCCGGCUCUCAGGAGCAAAGGCAUUGAAUUGAUUUGGGGUGUGGAAUUCAUUUAGGAGCAUUUUCUGAAUGGCUACUGAAAUGAAGUUGUUAUCUGUACUGAACCACUGUAUCAGUAUGUAUCUGUAGAGAGCAACUGUUCUCCCAGAAAAACAUUUGCAUAAGCAACUGAACUGCGCUCUGAUACCCAGAGUAAGAAGACUUUCUCUCCAUGGUGUGCAGAGCAAGAAUGUCCUGGAAAAGAAAACAGUAGGAAGCAGUAAUGAAAUAUAGGACGGACCUGAUCUAGUGAAUUACCUUUUAAUCAUCACGCAACCCAGCUCAAGCCGUACCUGCAGGCUUGACAACCCUCUUCGUUCACAAGUUGAUGUAUCUAUUUGCUGGCCUGGAGUGAUGCAACAUAAUACUUACACACUGUGAGGUGUUAACAUGACAACCAGCAGCCGCACAUGUCCAGUACCAGCAGUGAAUGGACAUAUGACUCACUACCCAGCAGCACCAUAUCCACUACUUUUUCCUCCAGUCAUCGGUGGACUCUCACUACCUUCCCUCCAUGGACUCCAAAGUCACCCACCAACUAGCGGAUGCAGCACCCCGUCACCUGCAACAGUUGAAACUCAGAGCACCAGUUCUGAGGAACUCGUUCCGAGCCCUCCUUCACCACUUCCACCCCCUCGUGUUUACAAGCCCUGUUUUGUCUGUCAAGACAAGUCAUCCGGAUAUCACUAUGGUGUCAGUGCUUGUGAGGGAUGUAAGGGCUUUUUCCGCAGGAGUAUCCAGAAGAACAUGGUUUACACAUGUCACAGAGAUAAAAACUGUGUUAUCAAUAAAGUUACCAGAAAUCGCUGCCAGUACUGCAGACUACAGAAGUGCUUUGAAGUGGGAAUGUCCAAAGAAUCUGUCAGAAAUGAUAGGAACAAAAAGAAGAAGGAACCUUCAAAGCAGGAGUCCACAGAAAACUAUGAAAUGACAGCAGAGUUGGAUGAUCUCACUGAGAAGAUCCGAAAAGCUCACCAGGAAACCUUCCCUUCACUCUGCCAGCUGGGAAAGUACACUACAAACUCCAGCGCAGAUCAUCGAGUUCGACUGGACCUCGGGCUUUGGGACAAAUUCAGUGAACUUGCGACAAAGUGCAUUAUUAAAAUAGUGGAAUUUGCAAAGCGAUUGCCAGGCUUUACAAGUUUGACCAUUGCAGACCAGAUAACUCUACUUAAAGCAGCCUGCCUGGACAUACUGAUCCUUAGAAUUUGCACAAGAUACACACCAGAACAAGACACCAUGACCUUUUCAGAUGGCCUUACCCUAAACCGAACUCAGAUGCACAACGCCGGAUUUGGCCCACUGACUGAUCUCGUGUUCACGUUUGCCAACCAGCUCCUGCCUUUGGAAAUGGAUGAUACGGAAACAGGUCUCCUUAGUGCCAUCUGCUUAAUCUGUGGAGAUCGCCAGGACCUUGAAGAACCAAUGAAAGUGGAUAAGCUUCAGGAACCGUUGCUUGAAGCACUGAAAAUUUAUAUCCGAAAGAGACGACCCAACAAGCCUCACAUGUUCCCAAAGAUCUUAAUGAAAAUCACAGAUCUUCGCAGCAUCAGUGCAAAAGGUGCGGAACGUGUCAUUACAUUGAAAAUGGAAAUCCCUGGAUCCAUGCCACCUCUUAUUCAGGAAAUGUUGGAGAACUCUGAAGGACAUGAACCACUGACCCCCACCUCAAAUGGAAAUACUGCAGAACACAGUCCGAGUAUCUCACCGAGUUCAGUGGAUAACAGCAGUGUCAGUCAAUCCCCCAUGGUGCAAUAAGACAUUUUCCAGCUACUUCAGACAUUCCUAAUACCUUAUGUACAGGGAUGAAAAGCAAGAGAAACAUUUUUACUGCUGCUUAGUUUCUGGACUUAAUAUAUAUCUAUAUAUGUAUAUAUAUAUAGAUAAAAACUCAACAAGGACCAAGAAAUUUUCAUAUGUAUCGAUAUAUACUCCUUGCUGUUUAAACUCUUAAAACUAGAAAAUGCAAACUUUUGAAACUCUAAAUCAGCCAUUUCAUGCAAAAAAAAAAAAAAUAGUUAAGCUUCUCUUUUCUCCUCUGAACACUCAAGAGCGCAUGGUGACAAGACAGAUCUCAAACUUUAAAUUCUGGUUGCAUUUCUGAUGACUUUGUACAUACAAACGUAUGGCUGUACUUUCUAUACUGGAUGUUUGGUGCUUUCCUUUUGUCUCUCAUACCCAAACCGAUCAAGACACCAACCGUGGGAAAUGGACUACUGUUCACAUCCAGAAAAGGAAGUUUAAAGGACCGUCUGGUUGAGUUGGAAUAUGAAAACUUGUCUUUGAUGCCCCCAGUUUACAUCUCCUUCCUUGUAAAAAGUAUACAAAAAUUCACUGUGCUAGCGGCAGCAGUAUCAGCAUUACCUGCCAGAUCAGUUAUUCAGAUGUCAUUUGUUCCACUGUUAACGUCACUUUAAAAUUCAAAGAAGUGGUUUCUUACCCGGCUGGUGCCCUAGCUACACAAUUAACUACGGCAUUUCUACAGCAGUGAGGAUAGCCUCCAAGGCAGAAACACUUUUCAGUGUUACCGUGUUUUUGUUUACUUGUUCACAAGCCAUUAGGGACACUCGAUGGGAUGAUAACCAGCAGACUCAUUUACAGCUUCUGAAUCAGUGAGUCUAGGGUAUUUCCUUAAGAAUCAACUGCCAGGAAUGAGCCGGGUUAUCCAGCCUUCCUGGUGCUAGGGAAGUACAGCUAGGACUUCCAGAAACACAAGGAGAGAAUCUGCCUUCUUGGCCUUGUUAAAUCACCAUGAAGCAGAGUGAAAACUGUGGUAGAAUGGUUAACAGAUUUAAAAGUGUCAGUUUCUUAGGUUUCAUUUAAAGCACUAGUGGAUUUUUUUUUUUAUAUAUUCUAGCAAGUCUGUGAUGUACUUUCACUGGCUCUGUUUGUACAUUGAGAUUGUUUAACAAUGCUUUCUAUGUUCAUAUACUGUUUACCUUUUUCCAUGGAGUCUCCUGGCAAAGAAUAAAAUAUAUUUAUUUUAAAAAAAA